CAGAGUCGAAUAGCCCAGUGAGGUCACUGGGGUCAACUUGAGGCGCGAAAGUGUUUUUGUGUGGCUUUGUGAAUAAAAUACGGGGUAAAACUCAAUUUUUAAACUCGUAGUCUGCAUUAAAAGGCGUUCGCAAGAUGAAUCCUGCAUCAACAAACGUUAAGGUUAGUGAGAUUUUCAUGGCCGCCGGCCAGGCCUUCUCUAAGCUAGGAGAGAUGUGUAUGCAGCUUCACCCUGCAGCAGCGGAGGCCUCACCAUCUAGUGGGAGCACCAAGUGGACAGAUGAAGAGAUAGAGAUGCUGAGGACGUCCGUGGCAAGGUUUGGGGAUGACCUAAACAAGAUCAGCGAACACAUCAAGACAAGAACAGUGGCACAGAUUAAGCAGGCUUUGAAGAAGAAGACGUUUGAAGAAAGUGGGGUUCCCUACAAGCCUCCUGUGGAACAGAAGUCCCCCAAGAAAGGAGGGGGUUUGCAGACUGCUGCAAUAGCCGCUGGUCCAACAGCCACCACUACUCCCUCCCGGUCAGAGCCCCCAGCCAAGAGACAAAGAACAGAUGUGGCAUACCAGCAGUACCAUGAGUCAGACAAUAAUGACACCCUGGUGGACAUAGAGGGGCUAGAGGGGACGUCAUCCGAAUCACCCAUCAAACAUGACAUCAACCUGGGAGUAGCACAGUCUGAACAAGAUCAGUUGAGUUUGGACUCAGGCCUGAUGAUGACUCCACACAGUGUACCUCUAUCAUAAGGAAAACUUUAGUCACAUUUUAUACUACUUACAACUGAACUUUUGUAUGUAUGAAAUUAUGUGUAUUUGUAUGAACUUUUACAAAGUAUGAAGGUAGUGUUUUUUUUUUGUGAAAUCCAAAGAUAUUGGAUAUAUAUGUUCUUGCAAAGUGUA